AUGGUGGUAUUGGACACCAGGAACGUCUACGAGACGCGCAUCGGACGAUUCGUGCCGCCCAAAGGUGUGACAUUCAUCGACCCCUGCAUUCGCCAGUUCAGCGAUCUGCCGGCAUGGGUGGACAGGCACGAGGAGGAAUUUAAGGACAAAACGGUGCUUAUGUACUGCACGGGAGGGGUGCGCUGUGAGUCAGCCACAGCUUACCUUCGAUCCAAGGGGCCCGGCUUCCAAGACGUGGUGCAGCUGUCAGGAGGCAUCGUCCGUUAUCUCGAGGCGUUCCCAGAUGGCGGGUUUUUCCGAGGAAAAAACUUUGUCUUUGACCACCGCCUGGCUGUGCCACCAGCAGCACCGCAGCAAGCAACCAUAGGAGCAUGCUGUCUGUGCAUGAAGCCGUUUGACGACUACAGCGGGAGGAACCGCUGCUCUGCCUGCCGCAUGCUGCUGCUGGUCUGCCCUGCUUGUGCUGAGAAACAGCCUGACGUCAUGUGUGAGAUCUGCCAGAAGGGAGGAUGCACAACGGAAGUGGCGAAGGCAGGAGAUACAGAAAGAGUGCAGCAGCAGCAUCGCCAGAGGCACAAGGACCAUUCACAGGGGCAGGGGCAAGAGAAGAAGCAGGAGCAAGAGCAGCCAAAACAGCAGCAGCAGCAGCAGCAGACACAGCAGCAGACACAUCAGCAGCUGCUGCAACCGCAGUUACCGCAGCACCUUUCUGCUUCGCCUGUAACCCUGGUGGGUGGCCUUUGA